GUAGGCAUUGAACUAAAGAUAAAUUCGUCAACGAUUGAACAAUUUCAUUAGUGACAGCGACAUAACCAUGACGUACGAUCUCUCGCUCGCAAAACUGGUUGAUCUGGCCAUCGGGACACCGAAGAUUGGAUGUUUCGAUCUUACGGCACUGCACACUUUACUGCACAUUAUUGUUAGCAAGUUGGGAUGUCAAAAAUCACACGUCGAGUUGCUACCAGAUUACAAAGAAAAACUGAACUGGCUAAUCGAGUCAUUGGACGAAGAACCAUCGUUACAUGUGGCUGUUGAACAACGUGACAAUGAUGAAGUCUUUCAAGUAUUAGCAUUCGACAAAAAUAUCAGCCAAACUGAACAACGAGCCCCAAGUGUUUCCAACAGCUCCGCAUCACAAGAUAUUUCACAGAGGCUGUCGGAUCUGGAAAGUGUUGUAUCGGUUUUGCCAAACCCUGAAGAGUUACGACGAUAUCAAUCCAGUCGAGAGUCGUUGAAACCCGAGGAAACGGUCGACUUUCUCAAUGUGGCAUCCCGAUUGGACACCAUCGAAAUAAGUUUGGGAAGAUUGACGACAUUAGCAAACGAUUUACUGCUGGAAUUCGCUCGCAUGGAGAAGAUGGUACUCCCCUAUCUGGAAGGAGGUGAUAUUGCCGUUAUGAAAACGCAGAUCGAUAAUAUAAUUCAUCUUCUAACGACGCAAUUUCCGGGAUUUUGCUCCCGAAGGUCUGUGGAUCCACAGCGAGCUUCAAAGCGAUUGACGAUCAACGCUCUGCCAGAGGACUUCUACACCCGUGGAGUGCCAACAAUAGCACAACUGCCUGCAACUUCAUCUCAACGAAACAACUCCCGCUUUUCGGCCAUUCGCAAUUCGGUGUCCACGGCGGCAUCAGAGCAAUUGGAAAAGGAAAUCGAAGGCAUCAAAAGUGUGUUAAACGGUUUGAUCGGGAUGUUACCUCUGCCAGAUGCAUCCGGAAGUGAAUUAGUUUUGAGCAAUUCUGAAAUAUCCUGCGAAGAGUCACAACCCGCCAUGAGAACUAACUUUCAUCAAAAAGCAGCCAGUGCCAUUAUCAAUCUACGAUCUGUUCAGAAGGAGAUAGAUGAGAUUUUUCUUGAGAAGGAAGAAAGGUUAGUCGCACUGGAGACAGCGCAUAGGGAGGUCCUGGAUUUGGGGAGUAAGCUACAAGAGACGAUCAAUGCUAUGAGGGAAAACUUCGAAGCGUUAGAAAGCAAAUUGAAUCUGCUAAAAGAUGAAUGCAUGGUGAAUAUGGAAGAACAUUUCAAUAUUUUUGGAAACGAGUUGGAAAAACUAACUCAAGACGUGGAAUAUCUCAAGAGCGACACCGUUGGACGUGUUAUAGGAUUAGAAAUGCAAAUGGAGGAUCGUCCCGACUUUUCAUUUUUUAGAACGCGUGUGUCAUUGGAAAAAUUUGAAACAGAAAUUGCAAUUGUGAAACAGUCCGUGGAAAUCUGUAAACGUGAAUUUAAUAAGGAGGAAUUAUUAGAAGAAAUGGAACUUCUUGCAGCUAAACUCUGUGAGAAGGUGGACAGAAAAGAACUACACACAUUAGAAGUCAAGACAAACAAGAAAUUAUUGCUGCUUCAAUCGCGGCUAAACAAGUUCCUCGCACUGCAAGAAAGUAUAGCUGCUGCAGGUACGAAACUCAAACUAUCUGGAAACUUCAAAUGUAUUUCCUGUGACCACGAAGCCACCAUGACAGCAAUCGACGAGGUCGUUCCCCAAACAAAACCUUUUCGAGUGAAACCUCACUACCCGUACGAAAUUGACGCUGGCUAUGAAGCUCGCACGAAACGAUACUGCGGUGGAAGGCAAACUGCAGCUGCGUUGGCGCGUAAAUCGAGACGAAUCAGUGUUGAGCAGCGGCGAUUGUGUGAGCCAUCACCGCUAUUCGAAAAAGCUAAGACACUUGAACUAGGACUUCAUAUCGUUUCACCUGAGAAACCUGCAUACAAAAUUCACUUGUAGUUUGUUGUAAAUAAAAUUAUUUUUUAAUGGAUGCUAA